AUGGAUGAAACUGGAAUAACAGAUGUCCAUAAGCCAGGAAAAAUAAUUGCAACAAAGGGAAAACAACAAGUUUCAAAAAUAACUAGUGGAGAAAGAGGUGCUACUGUGACUGUCGUGUGUGCAAUGAGUGCAAGUGGUGUUUAUGUCCCACCAUUAUUUAUAUUCCCCCGUAAGCGAAUGACUGAUAGGCUGGCUUUUGGUGCACCUUCAGGGUCAAUUAUUAGAGUUAGCUCCAGUGGAUGGACAGAUUCAUCUUUAUUCAUCGAAUGGUUAACUCAUAUUGUUACUGUGACUCAUGCAUCUAAAAAUAAUGAGCAAUUAAUUGUACUCGAUGGUCAUCAUAGUCACAAAACACUUGAAGCCAUUAACUUUUGUCGCAACAAUGGGAUUCACCUCAUAACUCUUCCACCUCAUUGUACACACAAAAUGCAACCUUUAGACUGUACAUUUUUCAAACCAUUGAAAGUUGGUUACAAUACUGCAGCAAGCAACUGGAUGUUAUCGCAUCAGGGGCGUAGAAUUUCAUUUUUUGACAUGGCAGGUAUUUUUACAACUGCCUAUAACUUUACUGCAAACAUUGACAAAGCAAUCAAUGGAUUUAGAUGCUCUGGUUCAUACCCAAUAAAUGAGCUUAUUUUUAACGAUGAAGCCUUUGAUACAGCUUUGCUCACUUUGCUCAAAAUUUCCAUAUUAUAA